AGGAACAUGAACCCGCUUCCCCGGAGGUUAUGCUUGCGUUUUACAGACGACUGUACCCUUUCAAGUCGAUAAUGAACUGGCUCAACCAUGAACAUGUGCCGACGAAACUCUACACGCACCGCGAGUUCGCGUUCACGUUGCAGGGAGACGUGUACUUGCGCUACAACUCCUUUAAUACUGUGGACGACUUUAAGAAGCAGGUGUGCGCGCUGAACCCGACCAGGUUCGAGAUCGGACCAGUGUACACUGCCAGACCACGAGACAAGAAAACGAUCAGACCCGGCGGCUUUAUUCCCAUGCAACGCGAGCUCGUCUUCGAUAUCGAUAUGACCGACUACGACUCGAUCCGUACCUGCUGCUCCGACGCCGGGAUAUGCAAGCGGUGCUGGGCAUUCAUUGCCGUUGCAGUGAAAGUGCUGGACAGCGCCCUCCGCGACCAGUUUGGAUACAAACAUCUGCUAUGGGUGUACUCUGGGCGGCGUGGGAUUCACUUGUGGAUAUCAGACAAGGAGGCGAUGGAGCUGACGGACGAUCAACGGAGGGCGGUGGUCAAUUGGAUAGCUGUGAUCACGGGAAGUAAGGACCAACAUAAAAAGGUGAAUGCUAGGCCAAAGUCUCGGCCUCUGCCGCCGUCAUUGCAAAUGGCCCUUGAACCUCUAGCAGAAUGCUUCACCGAACUUAUUUUAGACGAUCAGGACUGUUUUCGCAGCGAGGAAGGAUGUGAGGCGUUUUUGCGCCUCAUUCCCGAUGAGACUAUAGUCCACGAAUUACGAAAACUGUGGGAACUCAAUCCCGGAAGAUCAUCGUCGCAGAAGUGGGAUGAUUUGAAGAAUAUGAUCAGGGUGUUAGACAAGGGGAGCUCUCGGCGCCUUGCUAUGAAAGCAGCGAUGGAAGACAUCAUCCUUCAAUACACCUACCCGCGCCUCGACGCCGAAGUCUCCAAACACCGCAACCACCUGCUCAAGGCGCCCUUCUGCGUGCACCCCAAGACCGGCAGGAUCUGCGUGCCCAUCGACCCCGCGCGCAUCGACGACUUCGACCCGGAGCAGGUGCCGACGGUCAGGCAGCUGCUGCGCGAACUGGACGAGACGAUGGCGCAGGAUAGCGCUGAGGGGGAGGAGCGCCAUGCUGAUUCGGAGCGGACGUCGUUGAAACCUUAUAUCCAGAUGCUGGACAAGCAUGCUAUGGCGCUCAUGGAUGAGGUCCGGAGAAGUAAGAGAGGUGCAGAUAUGUCAUGGUGAUGGGCUUAUUCCGACGACUUCCUCGCUUUGCUGUUUUCGUAUGUGCUUUCUUGGUUGUAUACUUAUUCUGUGUAAUAUCACUUCACCUAUUAUCAUCGUAUAACCUUCGCGAGGUUCAUUUCUAGCAC